GGAUUCCUUAAAUUAUUUAUUAACUAUUAAGUUGAGGAAUUGCGCCAGCUGACUCCUUAAACGGUUUGGAUAAUUACCAAUCGAUACUCCUGAAGAUGUCCAUUGUUGACGAUGACCUUUAAGGUGUGAUACAGGAGGAGACAAGUACCUCGGCCAACUAGGUUGGUCCCCCCGUGUACUGAGCCUAAAAAGUUAUGAUACUGGAACAUUUCCCGAUCUGCAAAAUCGAUCAUCGAUUUUUCUUCUAAAACCAUUACUUUUCGAGAUAAAUGCAUAAUUUCAUGUUGAUUACGUCUCAUGCCUCGAAAAGUAGGUCAUUCAUUACGAAUUUUCUGAGUAAGAGGUUCCAUAACCUCAAAUAAAUAUUGCCCUCAUCAGACUCCUGUUGGUAUUCUCGUGGGAAACUCCCAGAUUCCUUCAGAAACAUAAACAUUUUUCCGAUACUCCCUGUUAUGCUUAUCGCCCUCGUAGCGUCAAGGCAACGAGCCGAGCGACACGCACCCCUAACCCCCUCACCCCCAAUACCACAGACAGAGCGUAAUAAAACGUCACACAAAAAUGUUAAAACCCUGGGAUCCUUCAAACAAACUUAUAAUCGAUAUUACAAACUAGAAGCUAUGACAGGGGUUUUAUUAACGGUCAAGUGGCAGUAGUUCACCUUCACCGGGAAUAAUGAGUACCAACUCGAGUGGACAGAAGAAAAAACCAGUGACAAGGGAUAAAUCCCAAGUGCGUCAGGGAGUCCGAGUGUCAUCCAAGGAUAAACAGGAAGUGGAGACGAAGAACAAUGUCCCCAUCAAGAGGUCGUCCACGAAGAUCCAGGGGGAUCGUGUCCCAGGAAGGAUCACAACGUCAACGAGGUCGUUAGUGUCAGGGAGACCUCCCCAGGAGCUCACAGCAUCAUCAACAAGAAAGAUACUGAAGAAACAGAGCAGUGACCCUGAGAAACGAGGGGUGAGUUCCAUCUACAUGCCUCGAAAAUCAUCGACUGACGAGAAAAAACCGACCCUGACCCCCAAACCCACGGGAAGAACGAAAAACCGGGAGAGACUGCCCUCGAAGGAGCGACGAAAAUCGAGAACUCUGUCCCCCAGUGAAGUGAAAGUCCUCAACAAGAGAUUUCCCAAGUCAGACUCAUCUCCUGAUUACAACUACGAAGAUGACUUCGAGGACUACGAGUCGGAUUUCCAGGACUGCACAGAGACAGAUGCAUCAGAGGUGAGUGACGAGUCCCAGGGGAGUGAUGAGCCUGACCUGGAGCCAAUAGAACUGAAGAGCAAGGAGCCAGUCAAACAAUUGAAAUCGAAGGAGGUUAGGGAGCACGAGGAGCACAUGCUGGACUCUGGGCACUACGAGCUCGAGGAAGCAAGGAGGAGAGCUGCCAGGAUGGACCUGAUGUCCUCAAGACAUCGAGUCACAGGUGACAGCCACAGGGCGAUGGUCUUCGGGGAAGACAAACCCUCGGAAAUACGAAGUCUGCCCUCAUCUGCUGACGAGGGUUUUGAAGAUGGACGGUCUGGGGAUUUUGCUAAGUCACCGCCACUUGGGGGGCACGAGAUCGUCGGUCUGAGGGAGAUCAAGAGGUUCAAUGAGGUGGGGAAGAAGUUAUCGAGGGGGAGAAAACUGCUGCAGAUGAUCAAGCUUGAUGUCGUGGAGUGGUCAGUGUUCGAGACGACUCCCAUUGCCUAUGAGGAGUUCAUCAGGAUCCAUGGGAGGAUAAAUACCAGACAGAUAGCCACCCAGACUCGUGAGGACGACCUCAGUGUGGAGACACAGACCGAGGAAAUCAGGUACAGAAACGUGUGGACGCAGUUUCCAGUCGUUUGCAGGAGUAGUUUGAAGACAAGUGGUGACAUUGAGGGGUUCAACCGAGAGAUGGUGGGGGUGGGAUCUGAUGAGAAUGAUCACCAGGUGAAGAGGCCUGUCUACGACGUCCUGAAGCUCAACGAGUUCCUGGGGGCCGCUGGCAGAGUCGUACUGGCACUUCUGGAGGAGGAGAGAGUCAAGAAGAGCGAACCACAGGGCCCCCAGGGCCAGGACAUGCCCUUCAGCGAGAGUAGCAUCAAACUAGCCAUCUCGACAGUGACUUUUCUCACUGGAAGACCUGUUGUCAUUGUCAAAUACCCUGACACCAACAGCAGAAUCAUCCUCAGCAUUCAUGCACCUGCGGACGACGACAACCAGGACAUCGAGACCUCCGCUGAUGAUGGUUUCUACAUGACUGAUUGCUGCAUCGGCUGCUUGUGGAAUGUUCAUGAGCCAUUCAGGCCCAUCAAGCUGUUCUACUCGGGUAGCUGUGUCACAGCUGUCUGUCUGCAUCCUGGCAAUUGGAAUCUGGUGUUUGCGGGACUCGACGAUGGCUCAGUCAGCCUGUGGGACCUCGAGGAGGACGAGGCUUAUCAUCCCAAGUUCGUUGAUAAGGACAAUGAGGCUGAGUGGGUACUGAGAUCCCCCACGUUCUCCACCGUUGGGACUUUCGAUGGGAAUGAUGAUGAGGGACUGGCGAGGGUUGUGGCGAUCAAGGUGCUUUCGAAAAUUGAGACUGAUGGGGCGGAUAACUCCGUGAAGUUCAUGCCUAUUCAGAUUUGCAGUCUGAACGAGGAUGGCAAUUGCACUGUAUGGAGUGUCCUCAGGAACCUCGACACCGGGGCCUCCUUGAUAACUCAGCAAUUGGGCCAGUCAUGGUGGGGUAAAAUUAGACUAGUAAAAAGCCACAAAAUUGCCCUCUCACGAGACAAAAAUAACGUGGACGACAGUUGUAUGACUGCCUUCAGAGACUUUAGUGUAGAUCCCCUUGACACCGACAAUCUAUACAUCGCGAGUAACACGAGUAAAUUACUACACGCUACGAGGACUGGGAAGAAACUGAAGCCAUCAUUUUAUGGUGGAAAUUUCAUGAAUAAUUCAGGAACAACUUGCAUCGAGCCCUGUCCCUUCGGUCAACCCUAUUUCCUCGUCGGUUUUUCGGAUGGCACUUUACGUCUUUAUUCCUCCACGAUUGAGAAACCUCUUGUACAGUUAAAGAAUUCUAACAGCACUGCCCCCAUUAAAAUCAUCCAGUGGUCGAGAUCAAAGCCAUUUACUAUUUACGUUUUGGAUGAUAAAUCAAACAUUCACAUCUGGGACCUCAGCAGAAGUGACAUAUUACCUCUGUACAGCAUAUCAUCCAGGAAAUCCAGCCACAUAGGAAGCAUGGAGUUAUCUCCAUGCAAAAAUGACUCCGACCUAGUGAAUCAAUACCUGGCACUGGGAUUGGACAACGGUGCCCUGGAGAUUCACAGAUUCACUAAAGAAUUUCAUUACUCCAAUACUGCAGAUCGUACUGCUGAUUUGAAUACAUUUUUAUAUUACGUGACAGUUUAUUAAUCGUAAGGUCACUCUAGUCCGACAAAAUCCGUCCUGAGAUAUUCAUUUUCUAGUUUUUUCUUAUUAAAAUAGAAGUAUUUUGGCACUUUUGGAGUUAUUGGCAAGAGACUAUUUACAAAUUAGUUGUAAUACCAGUUAUUGUACAAAUAUAGGUUAUUUAUAUGAUAAUCUGAGUUAAAUUUUCACUUACUAAGUUGUCCUACGUGUGCUGAGUCCAAAAAUAACUUCUACGAGGUAAUUAUUUAUAAAAUAAAAUAUAGGAAGCUCUUGUUCACGUGUCAGUCAUGGUAUAGACUCAUUAAAAAGAAUUCGGCUAUUCAUUAAAACGGUAACAAUCAACAACAUAAAAAUACUAUAAUGAGACUUUGUCGAUCUGGAUCCGCAGAUGAGGGGAUCAUUCCUAACCUUGAUCAGGUGCUCUACUAUAUCGGUAUAAGGUCGAGGUAGUUGUACGUGAUUUAUAUUCUGCAGAAGGUUGACAGUCAAUUCCUGAAAAAAAGAACAGUCCAUUCGUGUUUGUGACCAAUCUAACCUCAAAAUUAAUUCAUUAUGUGAUACAUAAAUUGAUGUAAAUUCAGGGAAGAUCAAGAGCUUGAGGGAGAGCCCACAGGCAAAACAAUAAUUAUUUAAAUUAUGUGUGAUUAUUGUCAAUGGAUUGCCAACGUAUCUCAUGAAGACAUUGAGUAUCCAGACGAUAAAAAUCAAA